AUGGAUCUGAAGAAUCAAACCUUCAGGAGCUUCACUCUGCUUGGCCUUUCAGAGAAACCCCACCUUCGACUACCUCUCUUCUCCUUCUUCUUGGUAGCUUACGUUCUCUGUGUUUUGGGCAACAGUCUUAUGAUCAUGCUCAUCUUGACCCAAUCUCAACUCCGUACCCCAAUGUACAUUUUGCUGGGGAACCUUUCUAUUGUUGAUAUUUGCAUGACCUCCAUCACUAUCCCCCGGGCCCUUUGUAGCCUCCUCACUGAGAACAUGGCCAUCUCAUUUCAUGGAUGUUUUGCGCAGCUUUUUCUAUUUCAUGCAGUUGGUAAUAUGGACAGCUUUCUUCUGGCCAUCAUGGCCUUGGAUCGCUAUGCUGCUGUGUGUCAACCUUUGCGUUAUGCAACCAUCAUGAGCAAGAGGACAUGUGUUGGUUUAUUGAUUUCUUCGUGGGUUGUUGUUACUCUACAUUCCACCCUGUUCACAGCCAUGACAUCUACUCUUCCGUACUGCAGUUGGGUUAUCCAUCACUACUUUUGUGAUGUGCCAGCCAUGUUGUUGCUCUCUUGUACAGACACAUAUCCCCAACAAAUGACUGUCUUCAUUGAGGGAUCCUUAAUUGUCAUGGGUCCCAUGCUGUUUAUCCUGGGCUCCUACAUCCUCAUCAUAAGAGACAUUAUGAAGCUGCAAACCUCCAAAUGCCGGAGAGGAACCUUCUCCACUUGUUCCUCUCACUUAACUGUGGUCAUCUUAUUCUACAGUUCUGUCAUAUUCAUGUACUUUCGCCCAAGUUCCCUCUACUCAGUAACCUACGAUCAGGUCAUCAGUGUGGUCUAUAGUGUCAUCACACCAAUGUGCAAUCCAUUUAUAUAUAGUCUAAGGAACAAGGAGGUCAAAGGAGCGGUGAAGAGGGUCACACAAUGCUGCAGGGAGGAAAGUCUAAAAUGGACUCAAGAAAAACAAUUUGAAGACUAG